CCAGUCGCUUUUGCCAGUCAGUCUUUGCCCAACUGUCGUCGUGUUUAGUUCGCGGAUUUUCUUCCUCUAGCUCGGAAUAAUCUUUUAGUUUUUCAUUCAUUGUUGCCUUGCAACCGCAGUGUGCCUACUUGGGAAAGAAUCGGUGUGUCAUUUUUCGGAAUCAAACCCGAAAACGGAGAAACGGUACCCGGUUUUGUUUUUCGGCCAAGUCGGAAAUUUAAAUCCAUAAAAAAUACCGCCGCGGAGUUUCCUCGGCUCGUUGUCGGAAUAGUCUGGAAGUGAACGCAAAAGUGCACUAACACGCAGAAAUAAAUCAGCAGAAUUAUUGUGUGUGCUUUUGCUCCGGCUGGAGAUAGGAAUAAAUAAAAAAACGCAAGAAGUUUUGUGUGCUCUUUUGUGUUGGUUGGUUCGCGAAGGGGGCGCAGAAAAAGAAGAAGUCCGCAGUCGCCGGAGAAUCGGGAAGAAGAUUUCACAGCCGCCAAAACAACAACCACAACCGGAGCCAAAAAAGUGCCGCCGCCGUCGUCGUCUGGAAAAAGAGUGAUUCAUUGUCCGGCAUCGGGGUGAAAAAUUAAAGCUCUUGCUCGAUCGGGAGGAAUCAGUGCCUAAUUGCCGGUGAAUUUAUUGUGCUCUAAGUGUACGGAUUUGUGUGGGAGUACCCCUAACCGACCAAGGAAUAAUGUCCGACGAAAAUCAGGAAAAUGGUACCCGCAACGGCGACGUGCCAGAAAUCGAAUUGAUUAUCAAGGCUUCGACGAUAGAUGGCAGACGGAAGGGUGCAUGCCUUUUUUGUCAGGAAUACUUCAUGGACCUGUAUCUGCUGGCAGAGCUGAAAACCAUCAGUUUGAAGGUCACGACAGUGGACAUGCAAAAACCUCCGCCCGAUUUCCGUACCAACUUCGAAGCGACCCACCCGCCGAUCCUGAUCGAUAACGGACUGGCCAUCCUGGAGAAUGACAAAAUCGAGCGACACAUCAUGAAGUCGGUCCCGGGCGGAUACAAUCUGUUUGUGCAGGACAAAGAAGUGGCCACCCUGAUCGAGAACCUGUACUCCAAGCUGAAGCUGAUGCUGGUCAAGAAGGACGAAAACAAGAACAACGCCCUGCUGGCGCACCUGCGGAAAAUCAACGACCACCUGGCGGCGAGGGGCACCCGCUUCCUAACCGGAGACACCAUGUGCUGCUUCGAUUGCGAGCUGAUGCCCCGGCUGCAGCACAUCCGCGUCGCGGGAAAGUAUUUCGUCGACUUUGAAAUACCAAAACACCUGACGGCCCUUUGGCGGUAUAUGUACCACAUGUACCAACUGGAUGCCUUCACGCAGUCGUGUCCCGCCGAUCAGGACAUCAUCAACCACUACAAACUACAGCAGGCAAAAGGUGACAUUAAGAUGCUGAAAAUGAAGAAACACGAGGAACUGGAAACGCCAACAUUUACCACAUCGAUCCCGAUCGACUUGAAUGACCACUAGAGAGGGAUAGACAGAGUAUGUGAAUUCCAACCAGGGAAUUUGGCAACCAUUAUUAUAAAACAAACAGUAGACCUACACUAUAUGUCAGGAACAGAGGAGAAUUUGCAAUACAUACAAACACACACAUACAGAUUUUGAUAACGAUUUACAUAGAACAACCCAUUUUUCUGAUAACAAAAAACAGACACACAAUCUAACAUAAUGGAAACAAUUCAUCGAGGAGAGAUAACCGACAGGUGUUUGGCAGCAGUGCUGCCAACCGAACGCGCCUUCGCCUUGAAUGUACUAUUAACUGCUACAAAAUGGUGAAUCCUAUACAUAUAAAUAUAAACCGCAUCCCUUAGGGUACAAUUGAAUUGAUUGUAGAAUUUUGUUUUGCUUCGCGACGGCCAUCAUCAUCGUCAGUGGAAACACUGAUUCGGUAACGGUAUAACAAAAAAAUGAGUGAAUUACUACUCGGAGAUGAGGAACCAGAACAACAACAAAUGUAAAGUUUAAUUCUAAGUAGAGCUUAACACUGUGAAGAGCAGAGAAUUCGUUGUUAAUUGUAUCGUUUUUUGUAAUUUUCCUAUUUUAAUGAAACAAAAAAAAAAAAAGCCUUAAGUUGUAACGGAUGAUUUAUCGAGAGAAAAGACACACGAGCGGCUUUUAGCAAAGUGCGAUACGAAAAAAAAUAUUGAAGUUUACCAUUGAGUAAGAAGAAAUACGAAAAGUUCAUCAAUGUUUUAUAAUUGUUUUUAAAUCGCUUUCGAUGUACGGUAGUAGAUGUAGUAGUAGUGACCGCAAAGUAGUGUAAAAAUCUUUUAUCAAAGAAUGCCUUAUUAUGUUCUAAAAUUGGUACAAAUUCUAGCUUUGUUUUGCUUCGCGUCAGGCAACACUUUCCAUUGCGAAUUUCAAAUCCAAAUUAGCCUACAGUUAUCAACGAAUCAACAGCAACAGCUCAGUGACACUGAAAUCAUACAGAGAAUAAAAAAUGAAUUUUAAGAAGUUAGUUUGCUAAGCAGAGUUCAAUCAAAAUAGGACAACCUUCGCAGUCGUGUUGUACAUAAAGAAGUGAAUGAAUAAGCAAUUAUCGAUGUUAGUGAAACAUUUUUAAACGCUUCGUAGAACUAUAUUUGUUCCGCUUUCUUGAAACU